AUGGACGGCAUCGGAGCUUGGGGCGCGUGGCAGGCCGAGCCCUCGCCAUUCACCAAGACUGUCGUGAAUGCCAUGCAGAAGCUAUAUCCCGAGCAACUCGCCGACCGAUCCUGGGACAAUGUCGGUCUGCUCCUCGGCAACACCCAAGCCUCGGACACCAAGCCCAAAGUCCUGGUGACCAACGACUUGACCUUUCAGGUGGCCGUGGAUGCCAUCGGCCAAGGAGUCAGCGUGAUUGUCAGCUACCACCCCUUCAUCUUCUCCGGGCUCAAGUCCAUCACGCACAACGACCCGCAGCAGACGACGCUCAUCCACCUCGCCCGCGCCGGAAUCGCAGUUUACUGCCCGCACACGGCCGUCGACGCCGCCCCCGCAGGCCUGAACACGUGGCUGGCCGACAUCGUGUCCGGCCCGCACACGUCAACGCGCUCCGUCGCCGUUCCCUGCGCCACGGCCCCCGAAUCGCACUCCCCCGCCGGGUACGGCGCCAUCGGCCGCUUUGAGGAGCCGGUCGACGGGGAGGGUGUCGCCCUGGUCGACAUACUGCACCGCCUGGCCGAGCGGCUGGGCGGCAUGCGCCACGUCAUGGUCGCCGCGCCCGUCGGCGCCAACGUGAGGACGACGCGCGUCAGGAGCUUCGGCGUCUGUGCCGGCAGCGGCUACGACGUCCUCAAGAAGGCCGACGUCGAUCUCAUCGUCACCGGAGAGACGAGCCAUCAUUCUGCCCUGAGGGCCAUACAGAAUGGCCAGACACUCGUCACCGUCUUUCACAGAGCUGCAGACCGCAGAGCCCCGGGCUGA